CUUCCUCCCCGCAUCUUAGUAGAAGUAUAAUAAACAUACAAAAAUGUUCAUUUGGGAUUGGUUUACCGGUGUUUUAGGAUAUUUGGGUCUAUGGAAAAAAUCGGGUAAAUUAUUGUUCCUUGGUUUGGAUAACGCUGGUAAAACCACAUUGUUGCACAUGCUCAAAGAUGAUAAAUUAGCCCAACAUGUACCAACAUUACAUCCCACAUCGGAAGAAUUGUCCAUUGGCAAUAUGCGUUUCACCACCUUCGAUUUGGGUGGCCACACUCAAGCCCGUAGAGUGUGGAAGGAUUACUUCCCCGCUGUGGAUGCUAUUGUAUUCUUGAUCGAUGCCUGGGAUCGUGGCCGUUUCCAAGAAAGCAAAAACGAAUUGGAUUCUCUGCUGACAGAUGAAGCCUUGUCAAAUUGUCCCGUGCUGAUUUUGGGAAAUAAAAUCGAUAAGCCAGGUGCUGCCAGUGAAGAUGAACUAAGAAAUGUAUUUGGUCUCUAUCAAUUGACCACUGGAAAGGGCAAAGUUGCACGCUCAGAUUUGCCUGGUCGUCCCUUGGAGUUGUUCAUGUGCUCUGUGCUGAAGAGACAAGGCUAUGGUGAAGGUUUCCGUUGGUUAGCGCAGUAUAUUGAUUAAGUUCGGUGGUGUCGUAUUCAGUUUGGUCGUUGU